UGUUCUUUAUUCCUUGGAAUAUCGGGUAAACUUUAUUAAAUUCUUUAGUGCUAAUUGUUCAUUUCUAUAUUAUGUCUUCAAAUUAUUUUUAUACUAUCUUACUUAUAUUCCAAUAUAAUUUUCUAGGAUGCAUUGGACGCUAGUGGUGGUUGCGCCAAGGAAAAUUAUCCAUUUAAACCCUGUAAAAGGCCGCCCAAUUCCCGAAGAAAUAGAACAAAUGAUCGGAAGGGCAUUCAUGUAUAUAGGGGACGCACAUCAGUAUCUUGGCCCGUGGCAAGGAAUUUCACAAGCAAACUGUCCAAGACAACCUAAAAGCCAAGAAUGCGGUUUUUAUGUUUUGAAAUAUAUCACUGACAUCGUCGCACGUGCCAACCCCAACCGUUACAUAGAAGAUCAAAAAGCUUUUGGGGGUAAGAAGCAAUACGAUCCAAAAACAGAAUUGUUACCACUACAGCGAAAGUGGAUCGAACAAUUGAUGGCGGUGAUUCACGGUGACGAUUGAGGUUCAAAGGUCGAAGAAUUUUUCUUCAUUAUGUAAUUUUUAUAGAUUAACUUGUAAUUAGAUUUAUUAACUUAUUAAUAUUUUUAACUAAUUUUACAUGUUUGUGUAAUAUUUAAUUAUUUUUAUGAAAUCAAAUUAUAUUUUUACCCAAAUUUAAUUACUAUUUAAUUUAAAAUGUAAUUAAUAUAUAAUUAAAUUAAAUAAAUAUGUAAUUUAAAAUUUAAAUAAAUAUGUAAUUUAAAUUAAAUAUAAUAAUAUAUAAAUUAAUAAAUAUAAAAUUAAAAUUAUAUAAUUAAAUUAAAAAAAAAAUGAAAAAAACUGAAAUCUGCUCACUUUUGGCGUCGGUUCCUACAACCCCUAUGGCGUCGGUUAUUGGCUAGGAACCGACGCCAUAUAUACCCCUAUGGCGUCGGUUCCUAGCUAAUAACCGACGCCAUAGGGGUAUAUAUGGCGUCGGUUCAUAUAAACCCUUUAGCGUCGCCCUGAUAGGCGUCGGUAGCGAAUUUCGCGAAAACCGACGCCUAAAGGGCUUAAAAACCGCCUCUAAAGGGUGUUUUUGUAGUAGUGUAUAUAUAUAUAUUUAUAUAUUUUAUUGUUUUAUUUGGGUAU